GUCGGUUCGAUUUCAAGACGCAAUCGACGUUCCUUUGCUGCCUUGGCUCAGAGAACCUCCAGCGCCCUGGCGAGUUUGUCCACCAUUGCUGCUCCUACGCUGCACACCUCCACCUCCUCCAACAGUUUGAGCAAAACCAAGAACCCCUUGACCCCGCCAUUGUCCGACGACGAGCAAUUGUCCCUUUGGCGCCCUUAUUCUCCGGAUCCGCCUAAACGCCGCCUAACUCUUCAGCGCGUUCCGACCCCUCCUCAAGAAUCCCGCAGCCUGUCGGGCCUUGCGCCAAUCGCGCCUCCCAAGAUGCAUCAAACGUCGUCAAGGCUGUUGCGCAUGACCGAAGAUGAGCGCCCCUUCACCAAGGAUUUCAUGGACUUGUUCUCAACCCUCAUGGUGAGCUUGAAGUUGGAUUCGCACCGGGUUCGCUUCACGCGUUAUGAUCACACCUUCACCUCAGAAGAGGCGAUCAACAACUUGGGCUCGCUCAAGUUCUCCCAGUCGAACCGCAUGCCCGAUCCCAAGGACCCCUCGCGCAUCGUGACCACCACUACAACCACCACCUUUUCUAUGGCCAAGGAGAUGGCCCGCUCCGUGUGUCAGCGCUUCGUGGAUGCUCGCUUCAUCGAGUCGGUGGAUGGCAAGGCUUUGCCGAUUUUCCCUCUCAAGGGAGCGCUCUUCCAGCUCACUCCCAAGGGUAUUAACAUCCUCCAGCGCUUCUGUCAGCGGAACGGAAUCACUGCUCGUCACGUGAUGGACGUUCUUGAGUCGCCGCGCAACACCAUGCAAUUGGUGAACCUCGAGCGAGACACCGAAACCGAUAAGCUGUCGCAUGACCGAGCCACCAUCGAAGUCAUCUUCCGCCGUUUCGCCGGCCAGGAUGGUCCCAACAUUAAGAGCAGCAUCUCCACCUCCGACUCCGAUUCAUUAAGCGACUACUCCAACGGUAUUGUGGGUGUGAAGAUGGCUCGGGAGCGCAAGCUGCAUGAUGGAAAGUCCUACACCAACACCUUCACUGGAAAGGGUGCUGUGGAUUGGUUGAUGGAUUGCUCGACAACUAUCGAACGCCGCGAGACUUGCCUGAUUGCGGAGCUGUUCCUCAAGUACGGUUUAAUUACCAUGAUCCAGGAUGACAAGUCCUACCCGGACUCGAACGCCGUCUUCCAACCGUCCAAGUAUGCGAUAUACACCAUUACCGAGCGAGGCCAGCGUGUGUGUGGAUGGAUUGCCCGUGACAAGGCCCGCGAUGCCAAUGCCAGCACCAACAACACUACCUACGACAGCCGCGGUAUGCCCCGCGAUUCCAACAACGCUCGCCUGACCCACAUACUGGGGGACCCCGCCCUCCGCCUUCUCUUCCGCGAGUUCCUGCGUUACUCGCUGUGUGAGGAGAAUCUGUCCUUCUAUCUCGAUGUUUCCGAAUUCACUGCCAACUACCACAAGGCGGAGAAGACUGGCACGUUCAACAAGGUCGACUCGGUGCGCGAGACCCUGGCUGCUGCCUAUGGUUUGUACAACGCGUUCCUGGCUCCUGGAUCACCCUGUGAGCUGAACAUUGACCACGCUCUGCGCAACAGCCUGGCCAGCCGUAUGACCAAGGCCGUGGGCGACGACGAGUCAAUGUUCAAGAGUCUCCAGGAGGUUGUCCACCUCUUCGAGCUAGCUCAGACCUCGGUCUUCAAGCUGAUGUCGAGUGACUCCGUUCCGAAAUUCCUUCGUGACCCCAAGUACUCCGUGGUCCUGCAGGAGCACGACGUGGACAUUUUUGGCGGGACACGCUCGUACUCGCCGACCCCCGGCGGCCCGGAACGAAGCAUGAGCCGUUCAGCCCGGUCAUGA